UCAAUAUAAAAUAAUAAGGGGUGUUUUUGUUAUUUUGUGAAACACUUGCGGGGUCUAAAUGUAAUUAAAUACGGAUAAACACAUAAAUACAUCCGUCUGCUGAAUCUGAUUGCGAGGGAGAAUUUUAGCUUGAAAAACUUUCCAAAACCCUUUGGGAUCUCAGAAAAUGUCAGACGAAGACGAAACGGCGUCGCAGCUCACCGAUAAUCAGAAAAUCGAGAUCGCCAAAUGGUUUCUCCUUAAUUCUCCCGCCGGCGAAAUCCAGUACGUUGCCAAAGAUAUUAGGGCUCUUUUGAAGAAUGAGAGACUGUAUUUAGCGGCUGUGUCAGAGGCGUUUCCUCUUUACAACAAAUCGCAUUUGAUUUGCCUCGAAUUUCCCGAUAGAAGCGGUGAGGUCAUGGUUACAUCAUUCAGUGAGAUUGAUAAGAAUGAAUAUCUUGAUCCUAGGACGGCCCAAGUUGCAAUAAUUGACCAUGUGAAACAGGUCAUUGAAGAUGCUAGGCCGGCAAAAGAUGAAGAGCUUUCAUCCUCGUACGUAGAGGAAUACAGGUCUGCCUUGGAUGUAGAAAUUAUUAAAUAUGUAAGUGAAGCAUACCCAAAAGGAGUCUGUUCAGUUUAUUGUACUAGUGGAAAAGAUGUGGAAGAACCAGGCAUGGAUUUUGAGCUUGUUGUGGUGAUUUGUGCUGCUAGACACAGCCCCCAGAAUUUCUGCAAUGGAAGUUGGCGGUCAGUAUGGAACAUGGAAUUCAAGGAUGAGCUACAAAUGGUGGAAGUUAGAGGUAAAUUUGAGGUUGGAGCUCACUACUUUGAAGAAGGAAACGUCCAGUUAGAUGCAAAGCAUGAAUGCAAAGAUUCCACAGUUUUCCAGUCAGCUGAUGAUUCCGCGGUUUCCUUAACCACCAUUAUUCGUCACCAUGAGGCGGAAUAUCUGAAUUCUCUCCAGAAGUCAUAUUCAAAGUUGCCAGACACCACUUUCAAGGAUCUUCGGAGGAAGCUUCCGGUUACACGUACACUAUUCCCAUGGCAUAAUACCCAGCAAUUCAGCCUCACCAAAGAUAUCCAGAAGAGCUUGGGACUCGAAGGCAGUAAAUGAAUCUUUUCGGGCGAAACAUUAAUGUUGUAUAAUUGGGUAUUUCCAAAUUCACCUACAUUCGCACCACGAUUAUUAGUUUCCAUUUCUAUUUUGCGUUUUCCCCAAAUUUUCUGUUUAAGGCCUAGGGGAAGGAGAAAGUUGAGAUGGAAUGGUCAUGAGUCAUGAUCAAUCUGCUAAUUGGCUUUGAAAUACUCGAGACUUAUAUGUCUGUUUAUACUUCAUAUACAUAUCUAUAUCCUUAAGUUCUGUAAAGCAUUCACCAAU